UGUGGGGACCAAUCUUAGUUGUAACUCUUCUCUUAUUUCUUCAUUGCUUCAACCCAUGUAAACCAAAAUGUCCGUUUUGCAUCCAUACAAAAAACACUCAUGUUAAUCUUGCAAACCUUAGUUCAAACAAUCACACCAUGGACCACAACAACAGGGUUCCAAGAAUCCAUGCAUUUCUUCCAUCAACACCAUCACCACCACCACCACCACCACCUUCUCCUCCCAUUCUUUCCUUCAUUGUAGCUCUCACCAUAGCAACACUACUCUUCAUGUGCUUCUACUAUUUCUCAGCCAUUAUUUCCUUUGCCUUUCUCGUGGUCCUUUACAUCAUCACCCUCCUCGUUUGCAGAUUUGUGAGCACAGAUGAUGGAGCCUCUCCAAAGAAGAACCAAAGGGUGGUGAGAAUUUUCAAUAGGGUUUUCUUGGUUGUUGAGGAAAAAAAGGGGAAUCAUAGGCCACAACAAGUUAAGAAGUUUCUUCUAGGAUCUGUUGUUUGUUUUGGAAGCCAAACAUUGGCAUCAUCACCAUCAUUAUCAUGUAGGGAAUGUGCAAUUUGUUUGGAGGAUUUUAAGAUGGGAGAAGAGUGCCUUGUUUUUUGUGUUUGUGGCCACAUUUUUCAUUGUGACUGUAUCAACCAUUGGCUUCGGGAAAAACCCAGUUGCCCAAUUUGCCGUCACUAUGUGUCAUCAUCAUCAACCACCAUGGUCAACAAUAAUUCUAGAAGCAUUGAAUUCUUGGAUAAUUUAGUUUAGUGUGUGGAUUUUGAAGUGAUUUCUGGAACAUGUUUUUGUAUGUGUAAUCAUAGAGUUGUAGUAAAAGAUAUAGGAGUAAGAGUAUUGUUAAUUUUUUGCAGAUUUUAUUUUAUUUUAUUUUACAACAAUGUGACUUUGUAUACAUUCUCCAAAAUUCUCAAUUCCCACAACUAGAGUGGGUAGCGUGCUCAGUAUGAGAGUAUGAAAAUAGUAAAUUA